AAGUGAGGCCCAUCCAAUCCACAACACAACCACCCCGCAACUACCGCCACCACCACUCACAUUUUUCAUUUUCAAUUCCCAUUCUUCAGCAUACAUCGGUGUGGGUCCCACCACUACUUUCUUCUUCUCAAAAGAGUAAAAAAAAAUGGUGUAGAAUUAACUGAAUUCCAAAAAUGGAGGGGUGGUUCUCAACCUCAAGCUCACCCAUUGAAGAUCAGCAGAAAUUAGGUUCCUCUUCUCUGCUUGCUGAUUGGAACUCUUACGCUUCAUCUCAGCAGGAACUUCAACCUUCCAAUUCUGCCAUCAGCUUCGAUCUCGAAUCUGCUGUUAGAUCCGCCAACAACACCGUCACUGGCACUUUCAGCGUGGUUUCUAAAAGUGUGAGAGAUAUACCUGGAAAUCUCCAGUCUGCGACUAGUAGUGUUCCUUCUGGCAAAGCACUCCUGUAUUUUGGUUUGUUUCUGGCGAGCGGAGUCUUCUUCAUUUUCAUUGCAUUUACCUUGUUCCUGCCCGUGAUGGUGGUUAUGCCCCAAAAGUUUGCUAUAUGCUUUACUCUUGGGUGUGGAUUUAUUAUUGGGUCAUUCUUUGCUCUAAAAGGGCCAAAGAAUCAGCUUUCUCACAUGACGUCGAAGGAGAGGCUCCCAUUCACACUGGGGUUUAUAUGCAGCAUGGUUGGUACCAUUUAUGUAUCAAUGGUGCGUCACAGCUACAUUCUCUCCGUUGUAUUCUCUGUUGUACAGGUUCUCUCACUUGGAUACUAUUCUAUAUCAUAUUUUCCCGGUGGAUCUGCUGGAAUGAGAUUUCUGACUUCUGCUUUAACGUCCAGAAUAAUGAAUUGUUUUGGGAGGUGAUUUGGUUUUGGUUAUUGUUUUUUUAUUGGGAGGGAAAGAGGGUCAGAUCUAAACUUUGUCUAUAGUUAGCUAAAACUUUGAACUGACCCAGGACAGGACAAUGCUGAGACAGCAGAGUUGAAGCAUCAUCUAACAUGUCCUAAGAUUUCAUUAUUUGUUGCCCCAUCUGAAUGAGAAAAUUGGUUGACUUCUUUUCCACAAGUUGUGUAAUCUUUAUUGCUGGUA